AUGCUUAAGAUUUUUGCAUACAUCUGUGCUUGCGGCCACGAUCCGGUGCCCACCUCCUCCUGGGUCCUCACCUCCUCCUUGGUCGCCACCGCCUUCUCGGUCUUGGCAACGGGGGGCGCGGCUCGGAGCUGCGGCGCGAGACAGCAGAGAGCGCCGGCCCUGCGGCCUCGGCCUCUUCGGUGCGCUAGGUCCCGCGCGCCCGGGCCCCGGGCUGUCCGCCGGCUCUGGUACCCACGCGGCUCUCAGCAGGCGCGGUUCAGACGCGGCCUCCAAGUCGGUUAUCCGGGUAGGCCUGGAGCCACCGGCAGGCAGGCGGGCGGGCGGCGCUGGGAUUCUGCGUCAUCACCUGGGCGGGGCGGCCUUGCCGCUGACGUCAUCAACCCGGCACCUGCCAACAUGGAAGAAGGCGGCGGCGGCGGCGUCGCUGGGGCUGGCCUCGGGGCGCUGGGCUCUGGAGCUGCUGCAGCGACAGUUCGGGAGCUGCUGCAGGAUGGGUGUUAUAGUGCCUUUUUAAAUGAAGACUUUGAUGUAAAGACUUAUACUUCUCAAUCUAUUCAUCAAGCUGUAAUUGCAGAACAACUAGCAAAACUUGCCCAAGGAAUCAGUCAGCUGGAUAAAGAACUACACUCUCAGGUUGUUGCAAGACAUGAAGAUUUGCUGGCUCAAGCAACUGGGAUUGAGUCUUUGGAAGGUGUUCUUCAAAUGAUGCAGACAAGAAUUGGGGCUUUACAGGGAGCUGUUGAUAGGAUGAAAGCAAAAAUCGUGGAGCCAUACAAUAAAAUAGUAGCUCGCACUGCGCAACUAGCAAGACUUCAGGUUGCCUGUGAUUUGCUUCGGAGAAUUAUUCGCAUCUUGUAUCUCAGUAAGAGACUCCAAGGACAGCUGCAGGGGGGAAGUAGAGAGAUAACAAAAGCUGCUCAGAGUCUCAAUGAACUUGAUUAUCUGUCUCAAGGAAUAGAUCUUUCUGGAAUAGAAGUAAUAGAAAAUGAUCUACUUUUUAUUGCAAGAGCUCGACUUGAAGUGGAAAAUCAAGCUAAGCGCCUAUUGGAACAGGGUGUGGAGACUCAGAAUCCAACUCAAGUCGGAACAGCUCUUCAGGUUUUCCAUAAUCUCGGAAUUUUGAAGGAUACUAUUACCAGUGUCGUGGAUGGAUAUUAUACUACUUUAGAAGAAAAUAUCAACAGCACAUUAGAUAUCAAAGUUUUGACUCAACCUUCCCAGUCAGCUGUGAGAGGGGGUCCUGGACGAUCUACCAUGCCAACCCCAGGAAAUACUGCUGCUUUCCGUGCUUCUCUGUGGACCAAUAUGGAGAAACUUAUGAAUUAUAUUUGUGCUGUUUGUGGACAGGUACAACAUCUACAAAAAGUAUUAGCCAAGAAGAGAGAUCCUGUUUCUCACAUUUGUUUUAUUGAAGAAAUAGUUAAG